AAUCAGUAAGGGGGAAAAUAACUCGUCGGGUCUCAUUUUCCUUUUUUGGUUUUGAGUUUGGACGUCUAAGGGGAGAGCGGGCAUGUCCGGGUUCGAUUGUUUUUAUGAGUGUUUAUGUGAGAGAGGAUUUUAAGCCAAAUGCUAGACCAAGAUGACUAUUGUGGUUGAAUAAGAGUCUGACAUCAAUUGGUCUAAACAUUUAAAUUCAGGUUUAGUAACUCGGUAACGGUUUAUGGGGAUUGCAUAGGUGCUGAAGAAAUUGAGGGGUGGAAAUGGGAAUUGUUGUUCUGGGUCUUAUUCUCCUGACAAAUUAGAUUAAAUCAAAAGGAAAUUGGAAUGAAAAUUUGGAUCUAAUCAUUUUUCUGUGUUCAAUACUCGAUUAAGAAUUAUCGUUUAUUGUGGUGAUGGUUUAUGGACUUAUCGUCUGGAGAGACCUUACAGCUUUGCUGAAUUCAGUCUCUACGGUUCAGUUGCUUCAUCUUUUUUUCCUCCCUAGGUCUUGAAGGAUGCAAUUUUAUAUGAUAUGGAUUACUUUGUCAAUCUCUUGAGAUGGAUUUUCACUUAACCCUCGCAAGAUCUAAAACUUAACUAUGGAAUUGGGAACGUGGCUCUCCCAUAAGGCUCAUUUGGGAACCAUUGGUGAUUGGAUUAAUAACUGCCUAACUGGAGCUUGGCUGCUGAAACUGACUAGAGCUGACACUUUGUGAAGUUCUGUUGAGCUCGGGUCGUGUCAAGUUGGGUUCGUGUUGUAUAUGAGUCAAGCCAAAAUUAAAUGGGUGACUAAAUUAAAGACAAUUUCUCCUCACAGGGACUUUGUUGAUGCCCCUUGUGAAUAUUCUUCCUAUUGUGGAGGAUGUAAAACGCAAAACCUCUCUUAUGAGGCUCAGCUUAGUGCCAAGGAACAACAAGUCCUUGAGUUGGUGACCCAUGUCGGCAUGUUUUCUAGUAAGGAACUGGAAUCCCUUGACAUCAUGAAGCCAAUUGUUCCCUGUGAUAUCCAGUUCCAUUAUAGGAACAAGAUGGAAUUCUCCUUUGGUUCUCAAGAAUGGUUACCUAGGGAAUCAUUAUCAGAGAAACAAGAUGGUAAUGAGAGUUCUGCACUGGGACUUCAUGCUCCUGGCUUCUUUGACAAGGUUCUGAAUGUCAACAAGUGCUUACUGCAAAGUGAGCCUGCCAAUAUGGUUCUUGCAGCUAUCCAAGAUUGUUGGAGAGAUCCACAACUAGGUCUUUCUGCUUACAAUGUUCACUCUCAUGCUGGAUUUCUUAAGCAUUUAAUGCUAAGAACUGGAAGGGAUGUGAAGACCGGUCUGUCUGAACUUAUGGUCAAUUUUGUGACCUCAUCUUACAAGCCAGAGCUGCUGAGGCCCCUAGUUGAUAAAAUAUCAUCUGUUCCUGAAGUGGUAAGCAUAAUGAACAAUGUAAAUACCUCUAUUGGUAGCACUUCAGUUGGGGAGGAAGAAUACACUUUGUAUGGAAAAUCUACCAUCACAGAGAUCUUAAGGGGGGUCACGUUCCAAAUAUCAGCUAACUCUUUCUUCCAGACAAACACUCGGCAGGCAGAGGUAUUGUAUAAGCUCAUAGAAGAUUGUGCUGGUCUUAGAGGGGAUGGAUCAGAAGUUGUUCUUGACCUGUUUUGCGGGACUGGCACCAUUGGUCUGACUCUUGCCCAAAGGGUCAGACAUGUUUAUGGAUAUGAAGUAGUUGCUCAAGCCAUUGCAGAUGCUCGCUUGAAUGCCAAGCUGAAUGGAAUCCACAAUGCCACAUUUGUCCAGGGGGAUCUGAAUAAAAUUGAUGAAAGUUUUGGCAACAAUUUUCCUAAGCCCGACAUUGUCAUUUCAGAUCCAAACCGUCCAGGCAUGCACAUGAAGUUGAUUAAAUUUCUACUAAAGCUCAAGGCACCACGCAUAGUCUAUGUAUCGUGUAAUCCUGCCACGUGUGCACGUGACCUUGAUUAUCUAUGUCAUGGCGUGAUAGAGAAAAAUAUAAAAGGUGGUUACAGGCUGAAGAGCCUACAGUCGGUGGAUAUGUUCCCGCACACUCCUCACAUUGAGUGCGUUUGCCUGUUGGAACUUUGCUGAUUUCUAUUUGUAACAAUAGUUCUCAUCAACUUGUAGGCACCAAGUCGGGUUCGUGUAAUCUGAUUCUUUCCUUACAAUUUUGCUAUUGGAAAUAGAUUAUUAGCUCAGGUGGAGAAGAGGUGGAGGUGGAAAUCAGUGGGGUGGAAUUCUUUUAUGCCCCUUUUUAGUAUACUCUCUUCUUCUUUUUCAUUGGUUUUGAUUUUUAAUUAACUGGCCAAUUUUUGCUGUCUUAGAUGGCCUCUCACAUUUUAUUCAUUUAAUUAUCCAUUUAACCCAUCAAUUU